AUGGAAGAGCAUAUUACAAGAAGGGCAGAGGCUUUGAAGAUUGCUAAAAGCAUUAUAAUGAAGUCGGACAACCCUCCCGAAGAGUUGGUGAGGAAGAUUCUGAUCCACCAGGAGCUUCUUUCAAAUAGAGACAUUAUCUUGAACGAUGACUUCUAUUCGAUACUGACUAGUAAAGCCAAUGUCCGGCCAGAGAUGGUUGGUCUUGCAAGAAAGAAGGAACAGGUAGAGUGUGUUAGAGUGGAGAAGAAAAUGAUAUGUCCUAUCAGCCAAAAAGAAGUAACCGAGGCAUAUGUUGGAGAAUGUGGGCAUGUGCUGGAGGAAAAGGAAGCCAUAAAGUAUAUCCGAAAUAACUCUCGGGCUAUCUGCCCACAGAUUGGAUGCAACAAGAGACUCGUCCGGAAGAAAAGAUAA